AUGUUCCUUCCUGCUGUCGUCCGUGCCACGUCUUAUGGUCUCGUGAAGGAGUACGUGGGGUCGACAUUCUUCGAUGACUGGAACUUUUAUGGAAACUACGAUAACCUGACCAAUGGAGAUGCUAUCUUCGUCUCAGCAUCCGAUGCCAGCAGUCUCGCAUACGUCAAUGAUGCUGGUAAUGCGAUCAUGAAGGUCGACAACACGUCCACAGUGGCCUACAAUGACAAACGGAACACCGUCCGUAUCGCGUCGAAGGAUGAGUUCUCAUCGGGGAGUGUCUGGGUAGCUGAUAUGUUGCAUGUUCCGUUCGGUUGCUCCGUAUGGCCUGCUUUCUGGUCACAAGCGCCAAAUUGGCCUACAGGUGGAGAGAUCGACACGUUUGAGGGUGUGAAUCAAGUCCAGCGUAAUCAGUUCGCUCUCCACACAGAACCCGGCUGUACCAUCACCGGCGCCAACCAAACCUCGACGCUCGUCAACUCGACCGACUGCUCCUACGAGUCCAACUCCAACGAAGGUUGCGUCGUCGAAAACCCCUCCACAGACUCAUACGGCGCCGCUUUCGCCAGCGCAGGCGGUGGACAAUUCAUCACCGAAUUCUCUGACUCUGCGAUCAACAUCUGGUUCUUCUCCAGGUCCGACAUCCCCUCCUCCCUCGACGUAUCAGCAAACUCGUCCUCCAUCGACACGAGCGUCCUCGGCACGCCGACCGUGAACUACCCCGCGACGGACUGUAGCAUGAGCACGUUCUUCAGCGCGCAGAGUCUGAUUUUCGAUAUCACGCUCUGUGGCGAUUUCGCGGGCGCGUCGAGCGUGUUCGCGGAGACUUGUACGGGGACGUGUUACAAUGACUAUGUGGUCGGCGAUGGGAGCGCGUAUGAUAAUGCGUAUUUCGAGGUGCAGAGUGUGAGGGUAUUCGGGACGUCGAGUGAUGUGGUGGUUUCGACUUCGGGUGCGGAGAGGUCGUGGAUGAAUAGGGUGUUGGGCGCGGGUGCGGCGAUUGGGGCUGGGUCUUGGAUGUUGUUGUGA